GAUUGAUAAACGUUUACGAAAUCGAGAGCAGAGCCAAAGAACUAGAUUCUAAUUUAUAGUGAAAGUGAAAUAAUUUGAUAGAUGAUGACACUUGACCAACCAUGGCGUAUCUGGGGAAAGUGAAACCAGUGGAUUUUGUGAAAGCAAAGAAAAAGAACUUGGAAUCUCUGCAGGCAAGGAGGUCAUAUGAUCAAGAAAUCAAAGGAAAGCAGGAAAUUGCGGGAAAGGAAGCAAGGGAAUUUUAUGAGAGUCUUAUUGCUGAAUCUCCAUCAAGUCAGAAGAAGUCAUCUGAUAGUACAUUAGAGGAUGAUGGUGAUCGUUACUGCCAAAAGAAACCUGAAACCGGGAAUAAACAAGUGAAAUAUAAAUCAUCCAAAUCAAAGCUUCCUGCUUCUGAUUCUCCCAGGACUAACAGCUUGACAAAUUCAGUGCAUAAACCCAGAAGUGAACAAGGUAUUCACCUGUUACUUAGGCUCUGCCAAGAGGGAAAUCUUAGCGAAAUCAGGAAAAUUGUCAAAGAAGGGAACAGCAACUUGGACAACGCUGAUCGGUUUGGGUGGAAUGCACUGAUGUGUGCUGCGUACAGUGGCCAUGUAGAUGUGGUGAAGUACCUUGGAAGAAAACAUCCUGCAGGGCUGACACACAGAAACAAGCAGGGGCAGACUGUUCUCGAGUUGGCACAAAGAGCAGGCCAUGAUGAAGUCGUGGAAGCGCUAGAGCAGAUGGAGAGGAAAGAGAGUUGUUUUGAUCGUCGAACAAGGAACAUUGAGGGUUGUUCUCGAGGUCGACAACCUAUCUGGUGCGAAAAGUGUGAGUCUGACUUUAAGGACGAGAUUCGGACCCAUCGGCACUCCACCGCUCAUCUGUUCAGCUGCGGCCAUGGCCCUCGGCCGACCCACUACCACCUCCCUGAAUCCAACCGCGGUUUUCAGAUGAUGCUUCACGAAGGUUGGGACAAAGAGAAGGGGCUUGGAAAGGAAGGUGAAGGACAAAAGUUCCCGGUCAAGACAAUCUUGAAGAGAGAUCGCGAAGGUUUGGGCUCGGCAGACAGUGAUGUGAGGCCCAGAAUUACACAUUUUAAACCCUUUGAUACCAGUGCUGUGAAAAGACCAAAGAAAAAAAAGAAUGAACGUAAGAAAGCCGUUGCUGUAGAAGAUACAAAUAGAGCCAGACACUCCAAGAGCCAUAGACAUAAAGCUAUGGAAAUUGACUUUAGGAUGUCAUUUCAUGCACAACCAUAGUUUAUUUCAGAUU